AUGUCUGACUCAGUGGUUCUUCAGAGUAUAAAGAAAUUUGGAGAGGACAACCAUGCUUUUGAGUCAGAUGGGUCAUAUAACAACAAUAAGAAAGCAAGGUUACAGGAUGAGAAGAAAGAUGAUGGAGUCCACGUUGGCUUCUUCCAAUUGUUUCGAUUUUCUUCAUCGACUGAAAUCUGGCUGAUGUUUGUGGGAAGUUUCUGUGCAUUUUUACAUGGAGUGGCCCAGCCAGUCAUGAUACUCGUUUUUGGCUCAAUGACAGAUGUUUUUAUUAACUAUGACAAUGAAUUACAAGAACUCAAGAUCCCUGGAAAAGAAUGUGUAAAUAACACCAUAGUGUGGGUCAACAACUCCCUCAACCAGAAUGUGACGAAUGGAACGAGUUGUGGGUUGCUGAACAUUGAAAGUGAAAUGAGCACAUUUGCUAUUUAUUAUGCUGGAAUUGGUUUUGCAGUAUUAAUCACAGGAUAUAUAGAAAUAUGCUUUUGGGUUAUUGCUGCAGCUCGUCAGGUACAGAAAAUGAGGAAAAAAUUCUUUAGGCAAGUAAUGAGAAUGGAAAUAGGAUGGUUUGACUGCAACUCAGUGGGAGAGCUCAAUACAAGGUUUUCUGAUGAUAUUAAUAAAAUCAACGAUGCCAUUGCUGACCAAAUAGCCCGUUUCAUUCAGCACAUGACCACCUGUCUCUGCGGGUUACUGCUGGGAUUUUACAGGGGCUGGAAACUGACUUUGGUUAUCAUUUCUGUCAGCCCUCUCAUUGGGGUUGGAGCAGCUGCCAUUGGGCUGAGUGUGUCCAAGUUUACUGAUUAUGAGUUGAAGGCCUAUGCCAAAGCAGGGUGUGUGGCUGAUGAAGUGAUUUCGUCUGUGCGAACAGUGGCUGCUUUUGGUGGUGAAAGGAAAGAGGUUGAAAGGUAUGAGAAAAAUCUCGUGUUUGCCCAGCGAUGGGGAAUAAGAAAGGGGAUAGUGAUGGGAUUCUUCACUGGGUACUUCUGGUGCCUCAUCUUCCUGUGCUAUGCGUUGGCCUUCUGGUAUGGCUCCCAGCUCGUUCUGGAUGAAGGGGAUUAUACAGCAGGAACUCUAAUCCAGAUUUUUCUGAGCGUCUUAGUAGCAGCUUUAAACCUUGGCAAUGCAUCUACUUGUUUGGAAGCCUUUGCAACUGGACGUGCAGCUGCCAGCAAGGUUUUUGAGACCAUAGACCGGAAACCAGUCAUUGACUGCAUGUCAGAAGAUGGUUACAAGUUGGAUCGAAUCAAGGGUGAAAUUGAGUUCCAUAAUGUGACCUUCUAUUAUCCCUCCAGACCAGAUGUUAAGAUUUUAAAUAACCUCAGCAUGACUGUCAAAUCAGGUGAGAUGACCACUCUGGUUGGAUCCAGUGGAGCUGGGAAAAGCACAGCACUGCAGCUCAUUCAGCGAUUGUACGACCCCAGUGAAGGCAUGGUUACCCUAGAUGGCCAUGACAUUCGCUCUCUCAACAUCCAGUGGCUUAGAGCCCAAAUCGGGAUAGUGGAGCAAGAGCCAGUACUGUUCUCCACCACAAUCGCAGAAAACAUUCGCUAUGGCAGAGAAGAUGCCACAAUGGAAGAUAUAGUCCGAGCUGCCAAGGAAGCCAAUGCCUACAACUUUAUCAUGGACCUGCCUCAGAAAUUUGACACCCUUGUUGGAGAAGGUGGAGGCCACAUGAGUGGUGGUCAAAAACAAAGAAUAGCCAUUGCUAGAGCUCUUGUCCGCAACCCCAAGAUCCUGCUGUUGGAUAUGGCCACCUCAGCACUGGACAAUGAGAGUGAAGCCAUGGUGCAAGAAGCUUUGAGUAAGAUUCAGCAUGGACAUACUAUCAUUUCAAUUGCCCAUCGCCUAUCCACAGUUAGAGCUGCAGAUGUCAUCAUUGGGUUUGAACAUGGCACAGCAGUGGAAAGAGGCACCCAUGAAGAGCUAUUGGAAAGAAAAGGAGUUUACUUCACUCUUGUGACUUUGCAAAGUCAAGGAGAUCAAGCCCUUAAUGAAAAGAGCAAGGAAGAUGCCACUGAACAUGCCUCACUUGACAGAAAAGCGACCUUCACUAGAGGGAGUUACCGUGAUAGUUUAAGAGAUUCCAUCCGACAGCGCUCCAAGUCUCAACUUUCUUACCUGGUUCAUGAACCUCCCUUAACUGUUGUAGAUCAUAAAUCUACUUAUGAAGAAGACAAAAAGAACACAGAUGUUCCUGCAGAAGAGGAAAUCGAACCUGCCCCGAUCAGGAGGAUUCUGAAAUUCAAUGCUCCGGAGUGGCCUUACAUGCUAGUAGGGACCAUGGGAGCUGCUGUCAAUGGGGCCGUCACACCACUCUAUGCCUUCUUAUUCAGCGAGAUUCUUGGGACGUUUUCAAUUCCUGACAAAGAGCAGCAGAGGUCACAGAUCAAUGGUGUGUGCCUUCUUUUUGUGGCAUUGGGUAUUGUAUCUUUUUUCACUCAAUUUCUGCAGGGAUAUACAUUUGCAAAAUCUGGGGAGCUCCUCACAAAAAGACUGCGUAAAUUUGGUUUCAUGGCAAUAUUAGGGCAAAACAUUGGCUGGUUUGAUGAUCUCAGAAAUAGCCCUGGUGCACUGACAACAAGGCUUGCCACAGAUGCUUCCCACGUUCAAGGAGCUGCCGGUGCUCAAAUUGGGGUGAUCGUCAAUUCUUUCACGAAUGUCACCGUGGCCAUGACCAUAGCCUUCUUAUUCAGCUGGAAACUGAGCCUGGUCAUUUUGUGCUUCUUUCCUUUCUUGGCUUUGUCUGGAUUUGCACAAACUAAAAUGUUGACAGGAUUUGCCUCGCAAGACAAGCAAGCUCUUGAGACUGCAGGACAGAUUACAAACGAAGCCCUCAGCAACAUUCGCACUAUUGCGGGAAUUGGAAAGGAGAAGCGGUUUAUCAAAGCAUAUGAGACUGAGCUGGAGAAUCCAUUCAAGACAGCUGUUCGAAAGGCGAACAUAUAUGGCUUCUGCUUUGCCUUUUCACAAUGCAUAACAUUUAUUGCUAACUCUGCUUCUUAUCGGUAUGGAGGUUAUUUGAUCUUCUAUGAAGAGCUGCACUACAGCUAUGUGUUUAGGGUGAUUGCUGCAGUUGUCCUGAGUGGAACAGCUCUUGGAAGAGCCUCCUCUUACACCCCAAGCUAUGCCAAAGCUAAAAUAUCAGCUGCACGCUUUUUUCAACUGCUGGACCGAAAACCCCCUAUCAAUGUAUACAGUAGUGCAGGUGAAAAAUGGGACAACUUCCAGGGGAAGAUUGACUUUCUUGACUGUAAAUUUACAUAUCCUUCUCGACCUGAUGUUCAAGUUCUCAAUGGUCUCACAGUAUCUGUUAAUCCAGGGCAGACACUGGCCUUCGUUGGAAGCAGUGGAUGUGGCAAAAGCACCAGCAUUCAGCUGUUGGAACGUUUCUAUGAUCCCGAUAAAGGGAAGGUGAUGAUAGACGGCCAUGACAGCAAAAAGGUCAAUAUCCAGUUCCUCCGCUCGAACAUUGGAAUUGUUUCCCAAGAGCCAGUGCUAUUUGCUUGUAGCAUAGCAGACAACAUCAAAUAUGGGGACAACACCAAAGACAUUCCCAUGGACAGAGUCAUAGAGGCCGCAAAGCAGGCUCAGCUGCACUCCUUUGUCAUGUCCCUCCCAGAGGUUAAAUAUGAAACUAACGUUGGAGCUCAAGGGUCUCAACUCUCUCGAGGAGAGAAACAACGCAUUGCUAUUGCUCGGGCCAUCCUACGAGAUCCUAAAAUUUUGCUACUAGAUGAAGCUACUUCUGCCUUAGACACAGAAAGUGAAAAGACUGUACAAGUGGCCCUGGACAAAGCCAGAGAGGGUCGGACCUGCAUUGUUAUUGCCCAUCGAUUGUCCACCAUCCAGAACUCAGAUGUCAUUGCUGUCAUGUCCCAGGGGGUGGUGAUUGAAAAGGGGACCCAUGAUGAACUGAUGGCCCAGAAAGGAGCCUACUACAAUCUUGUCACCACUGGAGCCCCCAUCAGUUGA